GCGCUUGACUUCAAUCUGAACAUUUCUUUGAUUUGACAAAACUGAACAUGAUUUCAUUAUUUGUAAGUCUAGCAUGCACUGUUUCUCACAUUGAGUUCUCAUAAUUAAAUUGAUACCCCCCAUGGAGAAAACUCGCUUCCUCUUUUCUAUUGCAGUGUUAGUGGUACACUAUCAUAUGACUUGCACAGCUAAGACUCUGAUCAACAUCACCACUGAUCAAUCUGCUCUUUUUGCCUUGAAAGCCAACAUAAAAUCCGACCCUCAUGACAUCUUGGCUAAGAACUGGUCGGCAGCAACCUCGGUUUGUGAUUGGGCCGGAGUCAAAUGUGGUGCUCGCCACCAGAGAGUCAGAGCCUUGAAUAUUUCGAACAUGGCUCUUCAAGGCACCAUCCCUCCCCACCUGGGUAACCUUUCAUUUCUCGUGUCACUCGACAUAAGUGGCAAUCGUUUCAGUGGUCAUCUACCAAACGAGUUAGUAAAUUUGAGACAAUUGAAACUCAUGAAUUUGAAGUCCAACAACUUAAAUGGAGGGCUUCCAUCAUGGUUGAUUGCCUUGUCUCAACUUGAGCACUUGCUUCUUGCUAACAACUGUUUUACAGGCUUCAUACCACCAAAAAUCUUCAACAUCUCCUCAUUGCAAAGUAUUGAUUUCUCAUUGAAUGGUGUAUCUGGUAAUCUUCCAGUGGAUAUGUGCAACCAUCUUCCAGAACUUAAACGGCUUAAUCUGUCUUUCGGUGAGUUGAAUGGCCAAAUUCCGCCAACUAUAUAUAAAUGCUCAGGACUUCAAAUUUUGUCGCUGGCGUAUAACAGGUUCACUGGCCCCAUUCCUAGAGAGAUUGGCAACUUAACUAUGCUUAAGGAGUUGUAUCUUGGUGCUAACUACUUGGAAGGUAAUCUGCCAACAGAUAUGUGUUAUUGCCUUCCUGUACUUGAAGUACUUCAAGCGAGAAACAACAAAUUGAUGGGGAUCAUACCUAGAGGAAUUGGAAACUGUACUUCGCUCAAAGAAGUGAGAUUGGCUGAGAACUACUUCACAGGUUCAAUACCAGAUGAAAUCGGCAACCUUAAUCUUGAGUAUUUCAGUAUCUAUGCGAAUAUGCUAAGAGGCCUCAUUCCAGCAACUGUAUUCAAUAUGUCUGCAAUGAAGUAUCUUUACCUAGCUGUGAAUCAGUUCUCAGGCCAGAUUCCGUCAAGCAUGGGCCUCUGUCUUCCCAAUCUUGAAAAGCUUCUAAUAGGAGGAAAUGAAUUCUUCGGAGCAAUCCCCAGCUCCAUCUCCAAUGCUUCUAAACUUACCUUCCUAGACAUGUCUGACAACUUAUUGACUGGCUCUAUACCUAAUACACUUGGUAAUUUAAGAUUCCUGCAGCGGUUUGUCAUUGGAGAAAAUGAAUUGACCGGUGAAUCUUCCACUCAUGAAUUGACAUUUAUCUCAUCUUUUACAAAUUGUAGAGAUUUGGAGGUACUGGGGUUAUCAUUAAAUCCACUUAAUGGCAUUCUCCCAAGUUCUAUCGGUAAUCUCUCGGCUUCUCUUCAAAGGUUUGCUGCAUUUGAUUGCAAAAUUCAGGGUAAGAUUCCUAGUGGAAUUGGAAAUUUAAGUAACUUGAUAGCCUUAAGGUUAGAGAGCAAUGAAAUAUCUGGAUCUAUUCCACCAACAGUGGGAAGGUUACAACAUCUCCAACGCUUGAAUCUUUCACACAAUAAAUUGAGUGGAUUCAUCCCAACUGAUCUUUGUCUCUUGAGGAACUUGUGUGACCUAAUUUUAAGUGGUAAUAUUCUCUCUGGAUCAGUGCCAACAUGCUUGGGUGAACUUAAUUCUUUGAGAAAUCUCUACAUUGACUCCAACAAUUUAACUUCCACAAUACCCUCGACCUUGUGGACACUAGAUGACAUCUUGGUCCUAAACUUGUCCUCAAAUUCCCUGAGUGGAUAUCUAUCUUCAGAUAUCCAAAAUUUGAAGGUUGUAACACAAGUAGAUUUAUCCAAGAAUCAGUUAUCAGGUUCCAUCCCGAGCACUAUUGAAAGUGCCCAAUCCUUAGCUUUUCUCUCGUUGGCACACAAUAGAUUUCAAGGGCCUAUUCCCCAAUCAUUUGGCAAGUUGAUAAGCUUGGAAUUCUUAGAUCUAUCCAACAACAAUUUGUCCAGCACGAUUCCCAAGUCCUUAGAGAACCUAUUGUACCUCAAAUAUUUAAACUUGUCUUCUAACAGACUAAAAGGAGAAAUUCCCAGUGGAGGACCUUUUGCAAACUUCUUAGCUCAAUCAUUUUUUAUGAAUGAUGCCCUUUGUGGUGCAUCGCGACUAGAAGUCCCACAAUGCAAAGGUAGUACUACUGAACCAUCAAGGAGAACUAUUGUGCUUCUGCUAAAAUAUAUUUUCUCCAUAAUUGGCUCAAUCAUACUCUUACUGGUCCUAUUAUUUGUGUUACUAAGAUGUCGAAAACAGAAUAUGCAAUUACCAACUCAAAUGGAUUUGUCGCUAGUAGCCUGGAGAAGGAUUUCAUAUGAACAACUUCUGAAGGCAACAAAUGAAUUUAAUGAAAGCAAUUUACUUGGUGUUGGAAGUUUUGGUUCAGUAUACAAAGGAACACUUUCAGAUGGGUUCAAUGUUGCCAUAAAGGUAUUCAAAUCCCGAUCGGAUGGAGCACUCAAGAGUUUUGAUGCUGAGUGUGAAGUAUUGCGCAAUGUUCAUCAUCGAAAUAUUGUCAAAAUCAUCAGCACUUGCACUAACACAGAUUUCAUGGGCUUAAUACUAGAGUACAUGCCGAAUGGGAACCUUGAGAAGUGGUUGUAUUCUCACAACCUUUGUUUGGAUAUCUUGCAGAGAUUAAACAUAAUGAUAAAUAUCGCAUCAGCAUUGGAAUAUCUUCAUGACAGUUAUAUGAUACCCAUUAUUCAUUGUGAUUUAAAGCCCAGCAAUGUACUGCUGGAUGAAGACAUGAUUGCACGUGUUGGUGAUUUUGGUAUUUCCAAACUCUUAGGUGAAGCUGAGUUUGUGGCACAAACCAAGACCCUUGCUACAAUUGGUUACAUGGCACCAGAAUACGGAACACAAGGACUAGUGUCUGCAAAAUGUGAUGUCUAUAGCUAUGGCAUUAUGUUGAUGGAAACAUUCACGAGGAAGAAGCCCACUGACGAAAUGUUUGAUGGAGAAAUGAAUUUGAAACGUUGGGUGGGUGACUCAUUAAUACAUGGUUCAAUAACUGAAGUGGUGGAUUCCAAUUUACUAGGAGAAGACGAACAUGACACUGAAAAGGAGCAAUGUGUAUCAUCUAUCUUGGCCCUGGCCGUGGAUUGUUCAGCAGAUUUGCCUUGGGAGCGAAUUAGCAUGAAAGAUGUUGUAGUUAGACUAGGAAAAAUUAAGAGCAAGUUGUUGCAAUAUUGAAAGGAGUUCGAAACUGGAAAAUUAAGCUAAAUAAUGUUCAAGUUUGCUAGGGACAAUUCAUUUCAAGGGCAGUGUUAUGUCUAUGCUGCUUAAAUUGAGUCUUUUAACACGUCCUAAUCAGACCAUUUAAUUUGAUGUGUGUAUAAUCUAUAGACUAUUUUUUUUCCAGUA